GCAGGACAUGCUGGCGCCACACGGCGGCAGGCGCGGAUGGCCGGAACCCGGGCGUUUUUCUUCCGCCACGGGCACGCACGAGGAGGCGGCCUCCGGCACGGCGCGAAGGAGCCCGCGGGGAAAAAGACGGCCCGCCUGGGUCGCCGCCCGCCUGGACGGCCAGCCAUGGGAUGCACAGACACCUGCUCCUCCUCUGAACACACAGGGGUGGGGAUGGGUUUCCCACUGGUGAGCCGUGGACCGCCCGCCCGGAGAGAGAGCGGGAGAGGCCCCUCACUGGUAGGCGCGGCGCGCGCCGCCGAGCCACGGGGCGACCCGCCCGCCGCUCUCGCCCAGGGCGCGGAAGUGCCGGGACGGUCCUUCAUGCCCUGCUUCCUCGAGACGACCACGUUCAGCGGGGCCCCCUCGACCAUCUUGCCCUCGAGUUCUUCGCUGCACUUCUGUUCUGGGCGAAGCUGGGAGACACGAAGUUCACGAAAAAAUAUCCAAGGCUUGGCGGUGGAUCGGGGGGCUCGCUCUCGGGGGUCCUUCGGGGGCCUCCCGCACGGGGGCCAGAGCGCGGUCGCCGCACGUCCCGGGGAUGGAGCCUCGGGCUGCGUGGCCCCUGGGAGUCAGAGGUGCGCCCUGCCGCAGGGGCCGAGGAGACAGGGACCCAGGCAUGCUCGCGUCGUGACUCGGAAACGACGGGUGGUGUUUUUUAGAUUUGUUGGCCUCCAGGGGCCAUUUCCAGUCCAUGGGACCGACUCAGGAUGAGAAACCUGUCGCUGGUAAGGGUUCCAGGCCUCUGGGCGUCACGUCACGAAAAGGAUAAACAUGACGUUUGGCAUGCAGGGGCACCCUUGGAAACUCAACCCAUCCUUCUGGUGGGCGGCGACCGUAUGUAAGCGGGGCCCAAGAUCGCAGCGCACCGACGAUGCAUCGGCGAUGCAGGGACGGGGGGGAUCUGGCUCUGAGUCGCUGCGAUCUGGGAGGCCCCGCUUGCUCCGUCCCCAGUCAGGUGGCCAAGGAGUCCUUCGCCUCGUCUUCCCUGGGAAGAAGAGGAAGAAGUCGUACUGCCCCUCGCAGAGACAGAAAUGAAGCCGUGGGAGUGGUGAGUUCGGCCUCCUCUUCCUCCUUCUCCUCCUCCUCCUCCUCCUCCCCGCAUCGUUCUACAAUUACUCAAUAUGAAAAUGCUCUCCCUCUUCCCCUGAUGGCGUCUGGGUGAUGGCCGCGCACCCUCCGCGUACUGUUCUUUACACACAAGAUUCCCGGGAAAUCCCGGGAAACGACUCUCGCUGAAGCGCCGGCGUCAUUUUCGGGCCGAACGCCCCCCGCAUAUUGUCUUU